AUGGAUCCUGUUUAUUCUGGGACUCCAGAGUUGGACUCCAGCAUAUCAGCGAGUGAGAUAUCUAAUAUUAGCACGGAUCCACAACAGCUUCUCCCACGAAGCACUCGAUCUAUGCUUGAAGAGUCGAAUAAUAGAAGAAGGAUGUCUGAGGUUUCUAGUAUUAAGACUUCAGACACUACGGUGUCUGCUACGGCAUCGGCAUUGUCCAGAAAUGUGACCAGAACGAUUUCAGCGAUUAAGAAGGCAGUUGAGGAUGAUAAUAAGCAGAGUGAGGUGAAUGAGAACGAUUUAAAUAAGCUUUUGGAGAGAAACUUUGACGUGGAUGAUGCACUUCGAUUGACAGAAACAGCGCAGCAGCAGCAAGCAGACUCGAUGUAUCAGAAAUAUACGGUUCCCUUGGUGAAAAAGAACACUUCUAUCAAGUCGUCGUGGUCUGAGGAUAUGAGUGAGAGUGACGCGGAUCACCAUCACCACACAGUCGCAAAUGGGCCCGUUGAAGUGACAGGCGAAGAUGAGAAUGGGGCUACUUUGAAUAAAGUCUUCACCAAUAAAGAAACAAACACUUUGGAUCUCCCUCCAGAUGGAGGCUAUGGGUGGGUUUGUUGUCUAUGUGUGACUCUGGUGAUGUUCUCCACUUGGGGGUCAAAUUCUGCAUUUGGUGUGUUUUUGGCAUACUACUUGAACAACUCCACUUUUGCAGGCGCAUCGAAGUACGAUUAUGCUUUGAUUGCCGGUAUGACUGUGUUUUUCGGUCAAGGUCUUCCACCUUUCGUAUUGUUACUAAUGCGUAUCUUCGGUUUGAAACCUGUGAUGUUCUUUGGCAUCGUUGUGAUGUGUCUUGGUUUCGUGCUAGCAAGUUAUUCAGUUUCAUUAUGGCAAUUAUACCUGACACAAGGUUUCCUCAGUGGUGUAGGUAUAUCAUUUAUCUUUGCCCCAGCAACCACGGUGUUACCAGGUUGGUUCUUGAAGAAAAGAUCCUUCGCAAUGGGUCUUUCAUUGGUCGGAACAGGCGCAGGGGGUGUCACUUAUUCUUUAUCCGUCCAUAAGAUGCUAGAUAAUACGGGAAACCAAAAGCUCGCGUUAAGAAUUCUCGCUAUUACAUGUACUGUUACAUGCGUCGUUGCAACUAUUCUUAUUCGCCAACGGGUCCCUAUCAAACCUACGGGUAUCAGAAAUUGGAAAGCAAAUAAGCAACUUUUCAAGGAUAUGUUUUCAGGGAAGAUUGUACGUAAAUGGACUGUCCAACUCAUUGCAGUAUGGUUUACUUUCGCUUUAUUCGGUUACAAUUUAAUGAUUUUUACUUUAUCUCCAUAUGCAGUCGCUUCGGGGCUCACUGCUCAGCAAGGUUCAUCUUUGACCGCAAUUUUGAAUGGUGCACAGAGUGUUGGCAGACCUUUAAUUGGUUACUCAGGUGACAGAUUCGGAAGAACAAAUGUCACGGUGUUUUUGACCUUAUUGUUGAGUAUCUUCAUGUUUGGUUUCUGGAUCCCUGCUGGUACCUAUUCAUCAUUAAUCGGCUUCUCCAUUUGUGUCGGUUUGUGCGUUGGUGUAGCAAACGUUAUGAAUACAGUUUUGGUUGCCGAUAUAGUGGGGCCAACAGAAUUCUUACCUUGUUGGGGUUAUAUUAAUCUUGUAGGUUCGCCUUUCAUGCUUGUUUGUGAAGUGAUAGCUCAAGCUUUGACAGUUUCCGGCUCUGGAGAGCCUUAUUUGCAUACCCAAAUAUUCGCUGGUUGUUGUUUUACAGCUGCUUUAUUCCUUGUUUUAUGCUUGCGUGAGGUGACCGUCAAACUUAGAAUCGAAGAGCGUCGGAUCGCUAAUAACAAAAGAUUGGAAGAAUAUGACCAUACUGAUGAAGAUGACAUAGACAAUCAACUACUAAUAGAGAGAAAAUUAAAGUAUGACUAUUUACUAGGACCUGGCAUAAAAAAGUAUUUUGCAAGGAUGUUCUACCCAAUGAAGGUAUGA